AUGAAAACAAAGCAGACACGUUUCUUCUUUUUCCUGAACAAACGGUAUUAUAACCCUCCCAGUAAGAGAAAAUGGAGCAAACAAAACGAUAAAUACAAAACAAGAAGACCAUUGGCGGAGAAUUCAAAUGUACACAAAAUUAACAUUAAAGGAGAAUACUGGAAACAGAAACAUGUAAAUAAACAGUUCGUUGUAGAAAAUGGGAAUCAAGAUAUGAUAAAUGAAAAAACAAGUCUAAAUUUUUUUGGUUACCCAAAUAUAUCAUUACAUAGCAAAUUAGGUGGUAGUCUAUAUAUUGAGCAAAUGGAUGAAAUAACUCUAUGUGUAAUUAUGAACAAAUGCAUAAAAGAAAACAUAUUUGAAAGUUUCAUUUGGAAGAAUUUAUUAAAUAGAUGCACAAGAAUUGCUCAUAAAAUAAAUGGAAAUGUGCUAAGUUAUAUAUUUAAAUAUUCAUCCCAAUCCAUAUUUUAUAACCAUUAUUUUUUUCUUACAAUGCUUGGGAAUAUCUCAAGCAAUUUACAUUCUUUAAAUAUAAAAAAUUGUUCAAAUAUAUUAUAUGCAAUGAAUAAUAACAAUAAUUUUUAUAAUGAAGAUAUAUAUAAAAAAAUAAUUGAGCAUAGUUCAUUACUUAUCUUGAAUAGAAAUGAUAUUGAUAUUAAUAGUAUCUUUAGUGUAAUUAAUUCAUUUUACACGUUUAAUAAUACAUCUACAAUUAUAUGUAAUUCGGAUAGUUUGCAAUGUUUAGAUAUCUCAAAAAAUAUAAACAAAGCAUAUUUACUGUUUGAUAGUAUUUCAAAAACGUUUAACAGGUAUGAUUUAGAUUUGAGUGAAAUUGACUUCCUUUGCUCAUCACUUCUGGUAUAUUGCCAACUGGAUAGGGUUAACUUAUUUUUUCAAGAAAGGAAUAAAAAUGUAAUAGACAAAUUAGUAAACUACUUAAACAAUAAUAUUGAAAAAUUAAAUAUAAAACACAUUUCAAUUCUAUGCUUUGCGAAUUGCAUUUUUACCAAAAAGAAUUUGUCAAACUGGAAUUAUAUUUUUUCUAAAAUUGAAAAAGAAUGCUAUCUAUUAGACAUUAAUUACUUGAGUAUUUUAUUUUACGCAUUGAAGGAUAAACUGUUAGAGCGUAAGAAAAUUUAUAAAAUUAUUUAUAACAAUAUUUUGAAUGAUAUUAAUACAACUUCCUUGAACAAUAUAAGUUUGGUGACUUAUUCCUUUUUGAAAUAUGGCCCCAUAGAAAGAGAAUACACUCGAUGGAAUAGUAAACAUGUUAAUGGCACUAAAAAGGAAUUACAUAAUCGAGAAGAAAAUGUGAAAAAGAAACAAAAUAUCUCAAAUAUAGAGAAUCUGAUGAAUAAGAACCACAUUCCAAGUGAAGCAGUUUCGUGUUCACAAAAAGGCGAAAGCAUAGAAUUAAUGCUAGGCUACUCUUUUAACUUAUUUAACGAUUUUUUGUAUGGUAAGAUAAAAUAUAAUAUAAAACAUUUUAGAAUAUUUCAAUUUUAUUUAAUUUUUAAAGGAUUAUAUGAAUCCAAAUUACAAAAUAACAAAAUAGAGGAAUUAAAAAUGGAUAUUACAAAUGUGAUAAAAAAAAAUGUGCAUUGCAUGCCUGUGUAUUUAUUGUCGUCCUUUAUGAAAAUUAUUACGGAUAAUUGUGUAAGGGAUGUUGAAUUAAUAGAUCUAUUAAAGAAUACCAGCUUGGUGUACCUAAGUAUAUAUAAAAGGUUAUACAUAAAUGAUAGUGACUAUGCGAUUAAUGAAAAAUCAACAUUGAUAGAAGAUUAUUACAGCAGUAUACAGAAUGAUAAGGAGUGUUCAAAGAAGGACAUAACUUUUUUAUACAAUGAGAAAAAAAAAGAAAUGAAUUAUUUGCUCGAAAAAUAUGUUAUAGAUUUAAAUUUGUUUAAAUCUCAAUUUAAACAUUUAAAUGAAAAGUUUGGGAUUACAAAUGAGCAAAUUGAAAAAAUGCUUGAAUAUUCAAAAAAUUUUUUUUUUAAUUAUUAUUUGAAAGAAAAACAAAUAACCAAUUUUUUUUAUUUUGCGACAAUAAUGGACAAAAAUAACGCAUUACCAUAUUUUAAUGAAAUCAAAGACAUCAUACAGGAUCGAAUGACCCGUGGACAACUCAAAUUUAGCCCAACCAGCAUUCUAUAUAUUUUUAAAUCCUUAGAUUAUUUGGAUAUGCUUCAGAAGAACCAUGUAUUUUAUAGGAUGCUGAUAAAGCAGUUAUGUGAUGAAAUAUUCUCCAUAAACAUUUCAACCUUUUUCGAAUUCCUUUCGCUAUUUUAUAAAAACAGAAUUUCCCAUUAUUACUUUUUAAAGAAGGCUAGUUACGUAGUUAACAUGAAUAGAUAUGAAUUAAGCAAAGAUUCGUUAUUGAAUGUUAGGAGCAUCAUUUCCGAAUUAAGCAAAUUGUUAUAA